AUCAAAAUAACUUUCAUGUAUUCGUAUACAUAUAUCAAAAGAAACCGAUAAUAUAUCGAAAGGUCAUUAAAAUAAAUCCGUUGUACCGUGGCAGGACGGCAAGAAUUUUGAAAUGCUCCCUUAACAGUAUUAGGCACUGUUUUAAUCUUCUUGUUUGAAUCAAUCAUUUUCUUUGUUUACAGCUAACAGCAGAUCAUACAAAUGAACGUCAAAACAUGGACGAAAUUCAAAGACGUAAUGAUGAACUUAUCAAUGAAAUGUCUACGUUGAAAAACGAUAAUGAUCGUUACCAUGAUCAAAUUCAACAUUAUGAAACGACAAUUGAAGCAAAAGAUGAUCUAUUAAAAUUGAGUGAGAACGAUAAACAACAAUUACAGUUGAAAUAUGCUGAUUUAGAGAAUAAACAUGCUGAACAACAUAAUCUUGUCGUUAACUUAUCAACUCAUUUGGCUGCGAAAGAAAGUGAAACGAUGAAAUCAUCAACAACAGCAGUAGAUGAAAAUCAAACAUGGAAUGCUGUUUUAGAAGCAAAUAAUUAUCUUCGUACGGAGAAUACUCAUUUAUUAGAACAAAUUGAAUCAGUACAAUUGGAUAAUGCUAAACUAAAUGAAAAAUGUUCUCAAUUUGAAACAAAAUUAGUAGAAAAUUCACAAAUCAUUGACGAAUUAAAUGCUAAAAAUAUGUCACUUCAAUCACUUCAAAAUCGAUUUGAUAAUGAUCAAGCUAAAAUAAAUAAUUUAAAACAAAUGUGUCUAUCAUUUGAACAAAAAAUAACAGUGAAAGAUCAAGAAAAUGAACGUCUAACAAAAUUAAUUGAUGAGUUAAAUCAACGUAUACAAUCAUUGACAAAUCAAUUAUGUGAUACUGAAGAAAAAUCAAAAAUUGUUGAAGAAAACAUUAAAGUUAAACAAACAGACAUUGAUAAACAAAUUAAAGAAAUUGAGACAUUAAAUGGACGUAUCAAAAAAGCUGAAUUAGAUAAUCAACAGGCACAGACAACAAUUUCUAAAUUACAAAAGAUCGCGCGAAAAUAUCGUCAACAAGCUGUACAAACGGGUGGUUCUAAAACGGAAAAUGUUAUUGAUUCGAGUGUUGUUAAUGAAGGUGAUGAAUUAUUAGGUACUUCAACUUCUGAAGGUGGCAUAGUUGGUCAAGUAGAUCAACAGUCAACAAUUGUCACACCCGCCCUAACAACACAAUCAAAAUUAUCAGUAACACCUACUAGCAUACCAACUGAUGUCAUCGAACGUAUGGCUAAAUUACGUGAUGCUAUUGUUCAUGCACGUAGUGUUAUAUCAACACAACAUGUUCGAAUAAUGCAGUUAACCACUGAGCUUGCACAAAGUCGACAAAGUCAUAUUUCAUCAGAUUUAACUGAGGUUCAUCAACUUGUCGAUAAUAUAAGACAAACUUAUGAAACAGAAAUACAAGAUUUAAAAUAUACGCUACAAUUAUUUGAAAAUAUUGAUGCAUCUGAACAAAUGAAUGAAAUAAUAAAAUUAAGAAAAAAAAUUGAAGAAUUAACAAAUAACAACAAGGCUACAUCAUCAACAUCAACUAUUUUACCAACAAAACAAUCAGAAGACGUUGUUCCAAAACAAAAACCUCAAGCCAUUGCCUCUCCAAUAACACAAAAAUGUCAUUUUAUUUAUAGAGAUCCGUCUGUCUCACGUAUAGCACCAAUUAUAGCCCAGCAACUUCGACAGAUUGGCGUGAUACAACCGAUCACAGCAACUUCAGUUCAAUCACAGUCACCUUCACAACAAAUGACAACAUCAAUACCUCCAGUAGCACUACAAAUUUCUUCUACUAUAAUUGACACAUCUACAAAUGUUCCAUCAACAACGAUCAUAUCCAUUCCCAUAACGACAAGCGCUGCCACAGUCAACAGUAGUAUAACAAAUAUUAUUCCAUCAAUUUCUUCAAGUUCAAAUGGUAGUUCAAAUUUAUUUAUGAAACGUAUUCGUCCAGAUGAUGAUAUGCGAUCUGGAGAAACAACAUUAAAACGGACAAAACCGGAAAAUGAGGCAUCGCCGCCACCUCCAGUUGCUCAUGUUGAACCCCAAGUGCGAGUAACAACAAGUAGUACAAUAAUACAAGAAUCAACUCUCGCUAUAGAAAUCGAUGAUGGUGGUCAAGACAUAGUAGAAAUGGACCAAUCAACGAUGUUUACUGAUGAUGAUUUAGGUAAUCGAAGCGAUAUGGGUGUUAAUAUUCUUACUGAAACUCCAGUUACUUCCAAUCUAUCUGAACAAUCGAUAGAGCCAGUGGCUCAGAGUCAUACGAUUCAAGUAGCUGUUGAUGAUCAACCUGAAGUACGACAAGAAACAAAUGAAGGCGGAGAUCAAACGGAAAGAAGAGAAAUUGCUCCAAUUGUUUAUGAUGUUCAAGCAAUUCCCACAAUUGGAACAGUUCAACCAAAUAUGGCCUCACGUGGCAGGCAGAUACGACCACAACCAACUAUGCCUCUCCGACGCGCUCCUUGGUCGUUUAGAGGUGCCCCGCGAGGUCGAGGUGGUCCACCACCACGUCAAUAA